UGGCAGCUUUGCUUGGAGCCGCUCCGUCAUUCCUAGACGAAUGUCUACAAUCCUUUUUCCCACCAGAGGACAUGAAGGGUGUAGUUGAACAUCACAGAAACCUCGGCCAUUUUGAAGAGAAAGAAGCUAGAUUUUUACCAAUGGAUGACUGCAUCCUCUCCUCCCUGUCUCUACCUCCUGGGACCAAACCUGUCACAAACACCACCUCAUGCUCACCGUCUCUCAAAGAUUCAAACUCUCCAGAGCACAAAAGACAUCUUGACGCUCUCUUCAACACAAGCAGCCUGGAGAGGGCGAUCAGGAGGAGCUCUGAGACAGUGAGACAAAGACUGGAGGAGACGGGAGACUUGGGCAGCUGGCAGCUGCAGGUUGGAGGCGGGGACCUUUCUCAGGAGAGGAAAGUGCAAGACUCCAUUAGUGCACAACCAUGCGACCAAACCAUAGACCUCACUGCGCCUAACGUGACUGCGGACACGGAUCCAGUAGCCAAUGACAACAGCCGAAGCUUGAGAGGAACGCGUGUUCUCAGGAAGAGGAAGCUGAGCGGAGGCGCCGACAUUCCCAAAAAACAGCCUGCGGAGGCGACAGCUUUCUUGGAUUCGUCAGUGGAUGAUGAGAAUUCAGGUGAAUCUCCGCUAAUCUCAAUAUGGGGAGAAUAUACAGACUCUCAGGAAGGUUCUUUCCCUGUUGUGAUGGACACAAAAGUUCCCUGGUCGGACGAGGAGACACUCAAUCUGCUCGACAUCUGGGGGAAGGACUCGGUGCAACGGGCUUUAAAGGGCUGCUUGAAAAACCGUCACAUAUUUACGCAGAUCGCUCAGAAGAUGGCAGAGAGAGGCUACAUAAGAACUGUCGAACAGUGCCAGACCAGAAUCAAACGACUGAAGAAAUGCUUUCGCAAGAACAACAGAAGGAACUCCAAACUGGAGUAUAAAUUUUACGAGCAGCUGAAGCGGGUACUCGGCUCCUCGGGUCCCUCAGCUGUUCCUGAGGUCACCUUUGAUGUCGAAGAUGUCAUCGAUGAAGAUGAGUCACAAGACGUCAAUGAGGACUUGCAGUUUCUCGGCCAUACGAGCCGUCUGGAAAUCGGAACUAGAAGCGUUCCGUGGACAGACUUCGAGUCGUUGGCCCUCAUCACCACGUGGGGGGAAGACAAGAUGCAACGGGAGCUGAGAGGAAUGCACAGGAACGGAAACAUUUUCUCCAUCAUAUCCAACAAUAUGGCCGCCCAGGGCUUCUCCCGGACGCCAGAGCAGUGCCAAACAAGGCUGAAAAGGCUGAAAUCAAAUUUCAGGCAAUGCUACCAAAACAACAUGAAGGGACAGGAGCAAGUUGAGUGCAAGUUUUACAAUGAACUGGGAAGUCUUUUAGUGAAGGACUUCCCUUCAGUGCCGCAGCUGGAGGAAAUACCAGAAGAGCCUGAAGACACCGACUCGCUGCUUUUCUCCCAUCAGGAUUUCGAGUCAGCUGUGGGUGUCCCGGAGGACAGGAAGAAGGUCCCCUGGUCGGACAAAGAGACCAUCAUCCUUCUAGAGAUCUGGGGAGACCCACAGGUCCAGCAGAGCAUGAGACGCUACCCACACAACGGUCACAUUUUCACCGAAAUAUCAGAGAAACUGUCCGCCAACGGCUACUCCCGCAGUGCAGGCCAGUGCCACACCCGGAUCAAACGCCUGAAAGCCAACUAUCGGCAUUGUCAGGAUAACCUGAACUCACCGGGGACUGACCGAGUCGACUUUAAGUUCUAUGAUCUGCUGGAGCAAAUCCUGGACAAGCAGCCGUCAACGUCCUCCACUGUGCUGACAGACUCCAUCGAAAUAUCAGAAGACUCCAAUGGUGAAUCAGUGACUGAAAUGGAUGGAGAAAUCGGCAUGUCAACGGAGAAACCGACAACUAGCUCGUGGUCUGAUGAGGAGACCCUGGCGCUUAUCGAGAUCUGGGGCGACGAAGACGUUCAGACGGCACUGAGGGACUUCGUCCACAACGGACACAUUUACGCCGACAUUUCGCAGAGACUGUGCGACCUCGGCUUCUCGAAGACCUCGGAGCAGUGCCGCUGGAAAGUCAAGUCACUGAGGAACCACUUUCGACAGUGCUACGACAGGAAGAAAUGUGGAAGAAGAGUAGAUUACAGAUUCUACCACCAGCUGGAACAAAUACUCAAUCAGGAGGCAGUUUCCAUUGAUGAUUAUGAUGAAAAAGACCAGGACCAGGAGCAAGCAGACCAGGAUCCAGGCGCAGACGUGAACACAGCAUGGACGGAGCAGGAGACGGUCGCUCUCGUCGAAGUGUGGGCUGCGGACGACGUGCAGCACAGCCUGAAAACCUGCGUCCGCAACGGGCACAUAUUUACCGACAUAUCGGAGAAAAUGGUCGCCGCGGGAUACCCGAGGUCGACAGAGCAGUGCCACUCCCGGAUCAAACGGUUGAAGAAGAGUUACCGGCGUUACUGCAACAGCUGGAGAAGUGGAGCACGGCCCACCGUGUUCCGAUACUUCCA